AUGUCGCGGUUAGAGUCCAAGUCGAAUCUCACCGACACUGGCCGCAUUCGUUCCAGCAGAGCAUGCCUCAUCUGCUCUCGUCGUAAGGUCAAAUGCGACGGUCUGCAACCCUGCAACAACUGCUCGAAGGAAGCUGCCAUCUGCGAGUACGGCGUUCAGAAGAAGCGAGGUCCGCCAAAAGGCUGCGAUGCAAGAGGCGGCCGCAGGAAAAAGUUCAAACUCCCAUCUCCCUACGCGGCAUCGCUAUCAUCCACUUCCACCUCAUACCCAAACAUAUCGUCCUCACUCGGCUCCAUCGCAUCAUCCAACCCUCAGCGCACCGUCGAGCGCCCCUCUCAGCCGUACGAUCAAGUUUCAGCUGCCGUCGGCCAUUCGCAAGAUGACACAUCUCGGUCAGCAGCACCUCUUCUAAAGCCUCAAGUGCCUCGCAACGAUACUCCACUCGCCCAAAGACUCUCAUCGGACAAACGCUCUUCUUCCGACGACAGAUUCCCUUCCACUUCGUAUCGCGCGCACGACCUUGCUUCCACAGCCAUACGACCUUUCUUGCCAACACAGCUCUCUUCCAUCUCGCUGCUCUCCACACGCGAUUCGCACCCCGUCGAUACCGCCCCAGAUUCUCUCGGUAUGCAAACGCACCCUUAUCUUCAGCCUCAGCACCACCCUGACCGUUCUCCCUCUGAUCACACCUGGUCCGCUUCUGCUUUCGACUCCCGCCACUCUCUCCAUCCAACUCCAUCGACCGCUCGACAGUACAAUACCUAUCCUCUUCAGUCGCCCCUACGCGACUACCAACGCUCUUCGCCUCGAGCCUCGCUCCAUACCUUACUGCCUUCGCAAUUCUCAGAUCCACAUUCAACGCUUCAAUACACAUCAGAUUAUACGUCUCCUGCCACUCCCUCCGCUCGUUCCGCCGUCGCAGUUUCUGCGCCCACCAAUGCCUCACCCCGUACACACCCUUUACCGCACAUCUCUUCCACUCCGUCUGCCUACGACCGCUCCUCCACCCUACCCUCUUCAUCAACCCUCUCCAAUCGCCAUCCCGUCUCAGCAAGCAGGCUCACCGAGUCCUUCUCUACAUCCUUGCCCGCCCCGCUUCACCACACUUGUUCGUCCACACGCAUCCCCGCCAUUGACACCUCGCCAGCGUCCACCCGCGCUUCUCAUGACUACAAUUCAUCUGCAGCCGUCGUGCCGCAUCGUCCCUGGUACAACGGCUCACGUCCAUCUUCACCCCGUGGUCCGGCUUCCGUCCCUCGCUCCCAAAUCUCAUCUCCCGGUGCACAUUGGCUCGAUCACCACGUACGCCCGAGCCCUACCGCUGCUGACCGCUCUCACUUCUCGCCAUCCUACAAGCUUCAUCUCGAGGAUCGCCUUCCGCCCCACAUUGUCCAGCGUUUGCUCGACAUUUAUCAAACCUUUGUGCAUCCACACUGGCCCAUCAUCUACCUCCCCUCCUUUGCUUCUCUUCACUCACUCAAGCAAUCGCGUCCCAUCGUCUUUGAGGCCAUCCUCGCCGUAGCUUCCAACACCUUUGACGCCUACCACGACUCGGCUUCCCACAGCGAUCACCACAGCUCCAACCCGGUCUUGGAGAUGCUCUAUGCUGAUUCUCCACAACCAUCCGAGCCCGCCUACAAGUCAAACGAGCUGCGUGAUCACUUUGUCCAACGUGUAAAGACGCGCAUCUUUGAAGGCAAAUUCGCACAGGACAUCGCCACCAUCCAGGCCGCCAUCCUCAUCUCCGUCAUCGAGCUUGGAUCUGGCAACACUUCGAGCGCCUUUCAAUUCGGUGGUAUCGCCUGUCGAAUGGCCCUCGACAUGAAUCUCCAUCGUUGCGCCGCUGACUCCUCCUCGUCUUGCUCCCCCUUCGACAAUCACCGCACAAAAUCGUUCGACGGUAGGGCGCUGUCGCCCCAAUCCGCAGCACAGCUUCAAGAGCGCCUGCGCGUCUUCUGGGCUUGUUACAUUGUCGACAAAAUUCUUUCCACUGCGCUCGGCAAACCUGCUCAGCUUCGCAGCGCCGAAAUCGAGGCCGACUGGCCAUCUGUACAGGAAGCCGACGAGUACGAUCUAUGGCUUAACGAUACCACACGCAAAUUCGUCGACAAAAGCCAACUGCCCUACCUCGAGGGCGUCAAAGUGCAUGCACUCAGCAGUUUCAAAGCAUGGGCCGAAGUCAUGGCCAUCCUCGAACGCAUUCUCGAGGAAGUGUACAGUCCCCAAGCAAAGCGUGAUCGUCAUCGCACUCAAGGUGCAUCCGAUUAUGAGGCUCUGUGCCGCCUCAAUCAACGAUUGUGCAGAUGGCGUGCUAAUUUGCCCGAGCACCUCAAAUGGUCAGCCACCUGGACCUCCCCUGAGCGUCUCUCGUCUGCAACCUCGCACAAGCCAUCUGCCGAUCGCAACGAGUACGAUGCCCACCGCGGUCUGCCGCCGCAAAUCCUCACCAUGCGAUCAUGGUAUUGCAUCUGCCUCAUCUUGCUGCAUCGACCACGUGUGCCGAAUUUGAUCGGCGGUUCCAAAGAACACAGAGCCAGCUCUUCCUCGGACGAGCCCACAUCUUCGACCUUGGACGAUCGAAAGUCACCGACGACCGGCACCAGCAAGGACCUACAACCUACGCCCGUACAGGACAAGGGUGCAGAGCCUGCUGGCCUUGACAUCUGCAAUGCAGCCGCUAAGGAAGUCUGCGACAUUCUUCAUGUCUACGGCUCUUCGUUCCGCAUCCGCAAGAUCUCCAGUAGCUGGGUCUACCUCAUUUUCCAAGCUGCCACCAUUCAUGCCGCUUUGGCUGCCAGUAAGAGCGUCAUAGUCUUCAAGGCUCGCCAAUCGUCCGUUUGGAAUCGACCAGAGUCCAAGGCUUUGUUCAACGCAGCGUCACCAUCCGGUGCCGCAGAGCGCACCGAUGCGCACGCAGAUGCGCAGACCGCUUCUGGUGACCCAGACGCACAUCGCAUCGUCGAAGCAGAGCUCGAAGGUUCCUCGGAGCUGGUCAAGGCCAGCGCUCGUUAUCUUGCCCAGUGUGUCCGGUAUCUCAAGCGCAUCGGCCCAACGUGGCAGAGCGCUUCGCAUCACGUUGCCGUUCUUCGCAACUUGUGCAUCGCAAGUGCUCAAGCUCGACCCAUGGACCCAUCCAGCCCAUCCACCGCCUCGCAUGCAUUAGUGAGGUCGGAUAUGCAGCGCCCUUCGUUCUCCUCUUCUGCCAGCAGUCUAAAUCUGGAGGAACAGACCAUGGAAUCUGUCCGCACACAUACGCAUCCACAUCCCAAUCACCAUGAUCCUGGCAUGGCCUCAACACUGGAUGAAGUCGUUGAUGUGCAGCGUCCGCUCCGCUCUGCUGAUCAGCACGGUCAGCAAGUCCAUCAAGGACAUACCAGCGGCAACGGUGCUGUGCCUCUAGACAGCACUUUCUCCAACACGACGACCGAAUUGGAUCUGGCAAGCUCGCAGUCGAUCCAGCCGCCGUUCAUGCAAAACCCCACCUAUCCCGCCGAUGUAGCGCACGACGCAAUGCUCGCAACCCAGCAGCAACAGCAGCAACAUCAAAUGAUGCAGCAAGCCAUGCACAUGAUCAACGCCAACGAUUCGACUUUCUGGGCGUCCAUGCCUGUCGCUUCCGAAGGCUACAAUGAAUGGAACGACUUUUUCAAGACGUUCAACCCAGGUGCGGUGUCCGACUUUGCGAGCCAACAUGCCAACUAUCACCCGACGGCGACUACAGAUCUGAUUACCGCAUUGCAGGAUCCCAAUCGCCUAUUGAGCGGCUUGCAGCAUCCGUAG